AUGUCCAUGCAAGCCCUGAACGGGCAGCCGCCUCAACGGCGGUCGUCUUUAUUACAGCGGUACCAACCAAAGGGUGGCUCGCAAGACCCUUUGCAUCAGCCCACCACCGACACUCCACCGACUAUCGUGAAGUCGACGAGCCAACGGAGCCUGCAGAACUCGUCCUUGUUGCAGCGCUACCAACCGAAGCCACUCGGGAGCAGUGGAGCCGUGGGUGCAGGAGCUCCACAAGUACGGCCUCAGUCGGCUGUGUUUUACGAACCCCCGAAAAAGUCCUCCAGUCAGCGUAGCCUCGACCAAUCGAAGCUGUUGCGGCGUUAUUACCACCAACCGAACUCGUUGGAGGACGCCCAGCUGGAAGCGGAGUUCGCAUCUCAGACUCAGGUAAACUCUGGUCUUCAAGGUGGUGAACCAUCGCAACACCGCUACAGCAGUCAGAAGAGCCUGGAAGGGUCUAAACUGCUGCAGCGAUACAACCCUGUUAACAACUCGCAGGAGUUUACGGGGUUAUCGGGUCGUGAGAGCACGCCAGUGGCGAGAUUUUCCCGAGGUGGUAGUCUAGAGCCAGAACGCGUCCAGAGAUCGUCCUUGCUCGCGAAGUAUACACCUCGGUUUGGAAAGUCGCUCGAUCGUCACCAGACACUGGAGGCUGCUCGUGGCUACGGAGGUUACAGUAGUCAGCAGAACCUGCAGAGUCAUCCAGGACCAACGGGAUCCGUUGCGACCCCGGCUAUGUCUCAAAGUCUGGCCGCUUCCCAGAGUGAGUUCGCUGACUACGGCACGGACCACUUCGAUCAGUACCAGAACAUCCGCAGUCGCUCUUCGAGCUUAUCACGAGGAGGUCCUCGUAGAGCGGGUCUCCGUGGAUCUCAGCGAAUGCUCUCGACGGAAUCGGAACCAGAUCCGAUCACACCCGACAUGUUACCGGUAGUGGCCGCAGUUCCGGAGCCGGUGGUGGGCAACAUCGCCUCAGCCCUUCCAAUGCCCAUGUUGGGUAGUGUGAUCCCACCAACACCUGCAGUCGUGGACACUGGCAAGCAGCCAUCCUUUGCAGGACCAUCUGCGCAACUUGUACGUAAGCUCGAACCAGAACAUGCUCUACCAACUGCUCCAGGCUCGAUGACAGAGAGCACAACACCGACUCCACCUGUGAAGCCGAUCCGCAAGGAUCUGCAGCAGCAACAGCAGCAGUUGGCGGGAGCGGCCGCAGUGCUGCCACCUGCCAACAUCGUGAGUAUAGCCAUUCCCUCCAUCACCACGACACUCGCCGCACCAUCCGUCCAGAAAUCCGUAUCACCACCGAAAGAACCAUCACCGCCAUUGUUCAGCACUCGUGACCGCAUGGACCAUUAUGGGAGUGCCUCGAAUCCCGAUCCCCCAACACCCGACCACGGACGUUUCACGACGAAGACGACGGCUAGGGCGGUGCCCUCGACAACGACCCUACAACUUCCCGGCAUCAGUGACAUGAGUAGUCGACGUAGCAUGACCGAUUUGCGGCGAAUGGACGGGCGUGGUUCCGGAAGCAACCUAUCCGGGGACCUCGAGAUGUCGGAGUUUGCGGAUCGCUCUGAGAUGAGACGAGUCGCUGCUCAGCGUCAACACGCUGUCAAACACACGUUGGCGAGCGCUUUCGAACACCUGGCAGCCCUAACGAUUCCGCAAGCGAUGAAAACGGAAGCCGAGCUGGAGGAGGACGAACGCAUUGAGGCGAUGCCUCCAGACCGGAAGUUGAAGAAACGUGACUUCACGUACCACCCGUCGUUCGUGCCAAAGCAAUCGGCUGCGACCGGAGGAGCGGCUCUUUCAGUGCCGAGUCUCGAUUCGCGACGUAGCACCGGAAGUGCCAGCAGCAAGGCAUCGAAGCAGCUUGAGGCGGAAGAAAAGCGUCAGAAGGCGGCCGAGGAGAAGCGCAAGCGCGAAGAGGAACGCCGCCAGCGUGAGGAAGAAAAGCGCCAUAAGGAGGCGGAAAAGCGUGCUCAUGAUGAAGCGGAAAAGCGUCGGCGUGAAGACGAACGACACGCACGGGAAGAGGACGAUCGGCGCCGGAAGGAGGACGACCGACGGCACAAAGAGGAGGAACGACGUGCCCGAGAGGAAGAAAAACGCCAUCUGGAGGAGGAAAAACGCAAAGAAAAGGAAGAGAAGAAGCGGCUGAGAGACGAGAAAAAGAAAAUGGCCGCCGCACUGAAAGCUCAAGCAGCAGGUGUUGCGAGUGGAAGUCCUUCCGCCGAGGAACCUCCAGCACCGGAAGAGGAGACGAUCGACUUGGCGAGCCAUCUCGAUCACUACAGUGUGGCGGCAAGCCAGCAGAUGGCGCCACAACAGCGCAGUCUCUCGUUGGGGCGUCCUCGAUCGGGAGGAACGCCUUACGGAAGCCAAGGUGCGCUGGGUCGUGGACUCUCGAACAGCUUCCAGAACCUGGAACGGAACGGGUCAACCUCCUCGGUACAGCGCCAGUCAAAGCUACUCCUUCAGCGGUACGGACCAAAAUCUGGUUCGCAGGAAGUGAUCGGUAGCGGAGGUCCUGACGCAGCCCGAGAGCUGCACCGCAGCCAGGGAAGCCUGGACUACCGUCGACCGAUGCGUCCUUCGUUGUUGGACAAGUACACGCCACGUCCUUUGAGUGCUUCUACCGCGCCAUCAAUCGCGGAUCCCGUAACCAGGACGAGGUCCUUUAGUCAGCGCAGCCUGGAAGCCGGUGGUCGAAUGGAAGGGUCCUCGUUGCUGCAACGUUAUAAACCCAAGGCCGAUGCGGCAAGGACUCCCGUUGCAGGAUACGAUCGAUACGAUCAUCGUGAUCACGAGUACGAGCCCAUUGGAGACCCGACCGAUGCCAGCACCAAGGCACCCACCAAGGAUGGCCUGCUGGCCGUUUCGCAACAGCAACAGGACGGUCAAGAACGCAAGCUCUCGAAUGCAUCGUUCUUGCGCGUGCCCGCUGGCGAUGAAGGCGACACGAUCAGCAUGGAGGAGUUGCAGAAGUCGAUCGAGGAUCGGUACUUUAACCUACCAGCAGAUACGGCAUCCGGCGCCCAGGAAGGAGCCACAGACGCAGCAGCAACUGCCGCGGCCUCAACUGCAUCCGAGCCUCAGGGUGAGAAGACGAACAAGAUGAAGGCGGCCAUGGCGAAAGCGCAGAACAGCGGCAAGCAAGCGAUGGCAAAGGCGCAAGAGAGCGGUAAACAGGCGAUGGCUCGUGCACAGGAAGGCGGCAAAACGCUGCAGAAGAAGCUGCUUCAGCAGACGGACCGCUUCAAGACGAAGAUGUCCAACAUCAAGCUGAAGAAGGAAGCGGCUCCAUUGGCGAGUCCUGAGGUCGUCACUACGCCAGAAUUGGAGAAGUUCGACUUCACUCUCGCCGUGCCGAAGGAUGACGAAGAACCUGUGGAGGCGGAGCAGCAACAGGUGGCUGAGGUUGCUCCGGGUGAGGAAGCGACAACAUCGGGCAAAAGCAAAUUCGGUAAGCUCAAGAGCAUGCACAUGCCAAAAUUGCAGAAGCCGGACUUUAAGCGACCCGAGUUCACAAAGAUCGCCAAACCAAAGAUGCCGAAGUUGAAGGCGCCUGAUAUGUCGAAGUUCAAGCGCCCUGAGAUGCCCAAGUUCCUCACGGAGAAGCCGGACUUCAGCAAGAUGAAGCCAGACUUUGGCAAGAUCAAGCUGGCACGCAGCAAGUCGAUGAAGGAGGCGUCUCCAUCGGGUGCUACGAGUGCGGCCUCACCCUCAGACGUUUCCACUAUGGGAGAUGUUACCGCGACAUCCGCGAAAGUGAACUACACCGACUUCAGCACGUACCCGCGCAUUUUCGACAAGUUCAAGCGUCAGAAGUCCUCUGGCACAGGUGUCAGUGGCCAGGCCAGUGUGAGGGCUGGAACUCCACCACCUCUAGAGUUCACCAAGACGGCGCAGACCACGCGGCCUAAUCUGGUCUCACGUUGGACCUCCGACAAGUCGGAAGAUACCGAGAGUAACCGGUUCAUGCAGUACACCGGCAGUGAGCUGGACGAACGUGAGACGUCCGUCGAACGGCGCAUGCGUCAAGAGCUGGAGCGUGCGGAGUUCGAGGGUCCCGAGCUGGCCGUGACGGCUGAGCAGAAGCAGCUGGAGGAGUACGACAAGGAGAACCGUGCGAUCCACCAGCUGUCGGCGGCUCGGCACGAUGAUUUCCUGAAACGCAAGCCACCAAUGGAGCGACAAGAAUCGGACCUAGCUUCAGAAGAGGAGAAACAGUUCUGGGCGAGCUCGCUGGGGCAGAAGAUUCGCCAGAACAUCGACAUGAACAGCAACGACCUAGAUUUCCUGGACGAGGAGGAACGUCUGCUGGUCGCGAAAGAGGAUGACGCCGGUGAUCAGGAGGCCCGCGAACAGGCUCGCUUCCUGCUCGAGCUGAGCAAGCAACGCUCGGAGAAAGAGUUUGAGCGGCGAUCAUCGACACCUUACACCAACCAAGAGUGUCAGUCGUCAGGUAGCUCAAGUGCACGUCGUCGUAAGGGCGUGCUGGAGGAGAUCGACGACGACGAGUUCUUCCUGAGGCAGAAGGGCAUCUCGAAGGACAACAUCCAGAUGGGCGAAUACAUCAGCUCAGCCAUCAAGGAGGGUUUGAGCCAGCCGAAGAACGCGCUCGCGGACAUGGACCGUUACGACUACUACGACGACGAACUCGACCGUGACCGAACCGGCCUACACAAGUACUAUCAACCGAGCUUCGAGUCAGAUGAGGUGUCCAAUCAGCAGAGUUCGUUCACGGACGAGUACCGCGGCAAGUCGUCCGACUUCUACAGGACCUUCCCACCGGAUCGUCCGAACCGGAAGUCGAAGAAGCCUGACGAUCAGAUUGCGCCGCAGGAUGACGAGGACUUCGGACCCGAAGACGAAGACGACCUGGCAUUCUACGACAGACAGCGCGUCAAGUAUGGUAGUGAACAACCGCAGCUGUUGACUUCGGCCGCCGCACGCUACAUGGACGACGAAGACGAGGACUCACUGCGUCGAAACGCCGGAUUGCUAACCGGAAGUGCCGUUCCUCCAACACCACCGACACGCCGCCGCAAGAAGCACUUCCGGGACGUGACACCGUCGGACCUUGGGACGCAAUCUUCAUUCGCGAACGGGUUCGCGGCGGGCAAAUCCAUCUCGAACUCCUUCAUUUCCGGACCACCUCCGACGUCCACUACGCUGGCUUACCGCGCCGAGGUUCCACUGGCCCGGGAGGAAAGCUUCGGCACGAUUCCGGAACCAACACCGAGACGAUCGCGAUCUCGCUCGCAGAUUUCGAAGGUCCUGGAUGAUGACGAUCGUGUUUCCCGAGGUGCUGAGUCACUUAUCGGAGGUAUCAUCGAUCGGGGCUCGUAUCCGUACGAGAUCUCCGAGAGCAAUGGUUACGCUACCGUCCGCAAGGAAGCUCCACCACGUCCACCGGCACCAAUCCGACGCCGGAAGUCGACGCGAUCACUCGAUGCACCACCUCCACGGCAGUUCAGCACCAUGCCAAACUAUCAUCACUCGGUGUCGCCUGUGCGACCUACUCGCAACUACAGCACCAUCAACCCGAAUCGUCCACCGCGCAGGAAGUCCGUCACCAGCCUGACCGGUGACCAGCAACUAAAAUCGUCCAGUCUCAGUAAGGACGACGUGGCGCAAUACGAGGACGUUAUCACUCCGGCGCCUCCACUGGGUCCGAAGCCUCCACUGAACUCGGGUUCCGUCGCCAGCAAGAUGAAGGAUCGGCCAUUGCCACCUCCACCACGUCCUACGCGUAAACCUCGCCGUCCAGAUGGCAGUGAUCAUCACGACCUGGAUGGUGGAGGUGAACGCAUCACCUUAAUAGAAGAGACCGAGAUGGCCACCCAAACGGACCCGGUGUCGGAGGACUUCGGGUUGGAUGCGGAGAUAGCGGCCGUAACGGAGCGAGCAGCUCGCGCAAAUGACAGUGAACAGCUCGAGGGUGCCCUCAACCGAUUCCGCGAAGGAAACGCAAAGGCCCUUUCAGAGCGACCGAAGUCUUCGAGAUCUGGCAGUCGACCUGAAACACCUGCUUCAAUUCUGAUCGAACGCAAGGUGUCGACGCCUUCUCUGGCACACGAAUCCGUCGUCGAGGCGUCGUUGACGGUACAACCGUUGGAGGAGUUCGACGAUGACCAGUACAUCGCGGAAUUGGUGAAGAAGUAUGUCUCGGAGGAACGCAAACCAGAACCGACGCGAAAGGCUGACGCGUUCGAACGGCGUUUGCGCAAGAGCACGAACAGUCUGACGCGUGAGGACGAGAUCAGGCCGGUGGAAGUGAGUGGCUCUACCUCUCUGCGUACUCCGACCCUGCGUUCGUCACGCACCUCAGCUGCAGCUACGCCAGAGCCAUUGCGCAGCGUCGAAAUAGCACCCGAUGUGAUCGAGGAAAUCGUGGAGCGACUGCGUACCACCGAGCAACAGCACAUUGACGAACUGCACAAGCUGCACCAACAGCAGCUGGAGGAUCUGCGCCGCCAACAUGACGAACAGAAACGCCUGCAGGAGCAGAAGCUCGAAGAGCAACAACGCCAACUGCUGGUGCAACAGAGCCAACAACUGCUCGAGACGCAGCAACUGAAGGAGCAGAUUCAAGCACAACAAGAGCACCAAAAGGUGCUGCUUACCCAACAGCAGAACCAGCAGCAGCAAUUGCUGGUUGCACAACAGCAGCAACAGUUGCUGAUGGAGCAGCAGGAGAAGGAGCGCGAGUUGCAGCGCGAAAAGGAGCGCGAGUUGUUGAAGGAGCGUGAGCUGGAGUUGGAGCGUGCUCGGGAGCGUGAACGAGAACUGCAUCUAGCACGCGAGCUAGAAUUACAACGGGCACGUGAAAUCGAGCAACAAAGAUCGCGUGAUCUCGAACAACAGCGACUACGCGAGAUGGAAAUGCAGCGUGCGCGUGAACUCGAACACCAACGAUUGCGCGAACUGGAGAUCCAACGUGCGAUCGAAGCUGAGCAAGCUCGUCAACGAGAAAUCGAGAUGCAACAACACCAAAGAGCAGCGGCUGCUGCAGCUGCAGCAGCAGCAGCUGUCACAGUGACACCAAUGACAGCAGUGACAGCAUCUAAUGAACCUAAAGAACCCGCAAUGAGCCUCGCUGAUGGGUCGCAGCAGGACACGACCGUUGCUAGUGAACUCGUGCUCGAAAAUGGCGCCAGUGCGAUUGAUGUUGUAGAUGGCGCUGCUGCAGCGCUUCCUGCUACAACGGCUGCUUCUUCGGAACAGCUCCCGGCCAGACCACCACUGCCACCGUUCGCCUACCAUCCGGACUAUCUCCCGUUCCAUGGUGUUCCACCAUCGGCCGCAGCUGCCGCCGCCGCAGCUUCCUACCUCAUGCGGUCGAACCCCUCGGAGGAGGAUCUUGGAGGUACACCGUUGGCCCCACACCGUCGGCGACGUCAUCACCGAUCGAAGCGCGAGUCUACAUCCGAGGAGGACUUCCAGCGAGAACAGCGUCGCCAUCGACACGGAACUCGCUCGCCUGAACCACCAUCGAUUCCUUCGCUCGGUGGCCAGCUAGUGCGAGCAUGUGGCUCUUCUCUACGCCAGACCGGUGAUGAUCUGAUGGCAAUGUUGCGUGCUAGCAGCAAGGACGAGAAUAAGCGCGACCUUCACAUCGCCAUCAUCAUCCUGAUCGUGAUCGUAGCUGGGCUGAUGGCGCUUGGCAUGAGCGGUGAAAAAGCGGUUCAUCACCAUCACUGGGACUACUUCAGCCCACCAGGCCACGGGAGCAGUGCGUAAAUGAGCAGGUCCUUUAGACACGGCACUUGAGCACCCUAUCCUUACACGCACACUUGGAGUGUGGAACUUUGAACUACGAUCGUCAUCUUGACGAUCGAGCCACUCGAUGUCAUUCUACUCGAAUAAGGAAUGCUGCAUUUGACACUCCGACACAUCCGACGCACAAGCGCACUAUCACCAGCAUCCUUGCGCUCCUGAUAGAGGACGACUGUUUGGCCGUCCUAUUUGGAUAAUCCGCAAGAGAGCUACUUAUUUCGUGUCCUUGCACCACUUUGAAAGCACAUUUGUUGCUUAUUUCUGUCUUUGCUGCUUGGUGUUAUUAUCUCUUUUCUUUACGGAAGGUGCUUCCACGAGCGAAGUGCCGUCUGCUACAGCUAUCGAAACCAAAUACGUGUCUGUUUGAGAGGUAUGUUUUUUUCUGAAACAACAACUUAUUACGCUCGUUAAGCGUACGAGGCAAGGAUAUCGGGAGAUCAUGGCGUUCGAAAGGACUUCGAAAUCCCCGUAAUCGUUCGGUUUUAGUUUCUUCUUUUAGUUUACGUUGUUUUAAGGUUACUACUAUUGUCUGUUUUAGUUCGUUUUUUACGUUUGUAUGGAUGCGCGUUCCACGUGGUGUAGACCACGGGCGAACCAACGCUUCUUGCGAGCAGGCGAGAGUUUGUGUCUAGUCAUAGAUAAUCAACCAUCAUUUAGUUUUAAAAUGUCGUGGAGGAGGUCCUAUCUCCCAUAGAGGAGCAAGUCUCUUUCUCGCUCCGACGCGAACAUCAAAACGAAUAUCGAUCCCCGUUUCACAUUGUGCGAUCCUCAGCAAAUCCGCGAAUUCUCUAGCCCGUUUCCGCUUCUAGCAGAACUAGUUGAACAUUUCGUUGUCGUUUUUCUUUUUCGUUUAUUGAACUACCCUGUUCAGGACAUUUAUCUGUUAGCCGUACGAAAGAAACGCUGAACAAUUCGAAUGAAGGUGGAAGUGUAAUUUUAUGAAGAAGAAAAUAUAUAGUUGCAUUAU